AUGUUUGGCUGGGGUUCUGGGCUGGCCUUGCCCUCCGCCACUUCAGAGCCGGAGAAGGAACGCAGACCCCCCGCUGACCCGACACCCCUCGAUUUCCCCGUCUACAACCUAUCCAAGGUCCUCGAGAAUGAGUCGGAAUCAAGACUUAUGGAGAUGUCCGAGCUUCUGGCCGACAUCAAACGCCCACAGGACAUCUGUAUGGAGCGCUUCAAGCCGUUGAACCUGCAAUUGGACACGGACGUCGAAGUCGCCAACAUGAUCCCUGAAGACCACUCGCACCCCCUUGCACCCUUACCAUGGGAAGAUACCUCUGAACCGACGGAAGACAACCCCCGACCGUUGAUGGACAACGGAGCCCCAUAUCCAUCGAAGGAACGAUACGAAGUCCUGGAAAAAGAGCUGGCGUUGGAUAAUGACGACGCUUUCCGCGAGGUGGCUCGAUUGCCGCCGCGUGAGGGCCACAGCCGGGUUCGUAUAACGCAGUCGAGGAAGUUCUGGACGGGAUUGGAGCGCAUGGCUCAAUACUGGGAUACUAGCCUAGACAAUUACUACGAGCGCCCGGCAACCCCCGAGCCGACCCCAUCCGAGAGGGAGCGGGCAGAGUUUGACACAAUGCAGGUGGAUGCCGAGGAUUCCAAGAGCAGAUACUCUCCGACAGAUGGUUCAAUGGACCUGGAUGAAGCACAGACAGGCGCGCCUUCGAGCAAUAACACUGUUGGCGGUGAGAAGCAACCCUCUGUCCCUGUGUACACGGGCCGCCGAAUUGGCAACGGAGCCGAGAUGCCUGAUGAAAUGCGUGACGAGACAAUCCGAUCCUUCGUGGAGAUGGUCGCAUGGCCAUUCGGAUGCCAGGUCACGGCCCCCACACUCCCACCACGGUUGACCACCAAGAACCUCCUGUUCCCCGUUCGGCAAACAUUCCAGUCCUCACGGUCCCCGCGAGAUCGCCAGGUUGCGCGGAGCGGCAUGCUCGAAGGCCCCGUUCUCAUCUCGCAGUGUCGACCCGAGACUUCUUUCCGCACUGCGGACAAUAUCCCCGGGACCGGGAUUGGCGAGGUAAGUGAUUUAUUCCGCGAAGUGGGCGGCAUGCUUCUCGCGGCGCAAGAGCGUGCUCGCGAAGGCGCAGUGGAGAAGCGACCCGGCGAAGGCAAAUGGUGGACCAUGGAGCCUCGCUUCGGAGGCGCCCCCAACGACGGGAUCCUGGAUGAUCUCAUUAACAAGGGACACGGGAUGUCCCUGCCAGACUCGAUGAUGGAAGAGAUCAAGCCAUCUGCCCAGGAGGCGGAUAGCACUUCCAAGCGCAAGUUUGAGCAUCCGUUUGUCUCGUCUCUCUCCCGGAAACCGAGUGCUAUGCGCAGACUUACUAGCAGUGAAAAGUGGAAGAUCCUGCAGCCUGGACCUAGUCUUUGGGAUAAGCGCAUGAGCUAUUUGCAGAUAGGCAAGGUCCAGGAGAGUCCGUUUGACGAUAUUUACAUGAUCUCGUCUAUCAACCACCACAUCUCAAUCCUCCACCUCCGCGUCCACCGGCGGUAUUUGGACAUUCUCACCAACGGCAACAGCACCUUUCCGGCAACCGAAGGUGAGCCGUGGCAUGUGCUGAAGCUGCAGAGGACUAGAUGGUUCGACCUGCUCGAUGCCAACGACCGCAUAGAAGCGCUGAAGGGUGUGUGGCAACUGUUCCACCACCAGCUAAGACAGACACAUCGCGAAGGCGAUGUCCCAGUCCCGACAGAAUUACCUUUAGAUUGUCCAUUAUAG